CACUUGUUAAGAUUGAUCAUGAUAUACGUUUGCAAAUAUCCAGUAUUGGAUAACACAACGUGCUGAUAUGUCAUAUAUCCUAUGAGGAUAUGCCACGUCAUAUGUUAUAUUAUUAAUUAUCGUUAGUUUAUCUCAACAACUUUUUCAGAUUUAUUUGCGGAAUAACACCGAUAGUGCGAAAUAAAAGAAAGUUAUGGGCGGCAAGGCAUUACCAUACUUUAUAUCAGGAACUGUCAUCAAGGGCUUCGGUAGAGGCUCUAAAGCGCUUGGCAUUCCGACAGCUAAUUUCUCAGAAUCUGUAGUCAACGAUUUGCCGGAAGAUUUAAAUACUGGAAUUUAUUAUGGCUGGGCUUCCUUGCAUGGGCAAGUUUAUAAAAUGGUCACCAGUAUAGGAUGGAAUCCUUAUUACAAGAAUGAGAAAAAGUCAAUGGAAGUUCAUCUGUUACAUAAAUUCCAUGAUGACUUUUAUGGCAAACAGAUCAAAGUAAUAAUUACUGGAUAUAUACGGCCAGAAAGAGAUUUCUCUUCUUUAGAGGAACUCGUCAGAGAGAUAAAAAAUGAUAUUACAAUAGCAGAACAGAAAUUAGAAGACCCUAUUGUAAAUAAAUUAAAAAACGAUGACUUUUUAAUUAAUGAAGCAAAUGAUUGAUGAUUAUGGAAAAUGCCAUCUUUAUCUGCUAAAUAAUUAUAAUUAUUAUUUUUAAUUCCACUUUUAUCACAAAAUACUUAUAUGUA